GCAAUUAAACAUCAGGCAAGGAUUAAUAAAUUAAUUCCACAAGUUCAGCAGCUGUUAACAGAGGGUGCUCUAGUGGAAGAAGUAGUUCUAGAUAAUGUUCCAAAAUUGAUGAAUAUAGUUCGAGAAUGUAAUGUCACUUUAAGGUGGAUGAUUCUCCAUACAGCAUCAUUGUCUCCAAGUGCUGAGACCAAUAAGAAAUGUCGACAAGUAAGAGAUCAGGUGGUAGCAGAUAGUCGAUACAACCCACUUCAAGUGUUUCAGCUUCUACUGUUUACAGCACAGUUUGAACUCAAGAUCAAAGAAAUGUUCAAACAGUUGCUAGCUGACAAGCAGGACAAGUGGAGUCGUUGUAAGAAAGAAGGGACAGAAAGAUUGAGUGAGCUAGCUGAAGUUUUCUCAGGAACGAAGCCACUUACUAGAGUUGAAAAAAAUGAAAACCUUCAACACUGGUUCAGUGAAAUGGCCAAACAAGUAGAAUCACUAAAUUAUGAAGAUACUACUGCUACAGGUCGGAAGAUGGUUCAGUUGAUUCAAGCCCUAGAGGAAGUUCAAGAAUUUCAUCAAUUAGAGAGUAACCUACAAAUUAGACAAUUUUUAGUGGACACACGUAAUUUUCUCCAUCACAUGCUACGUACUAUUAACAUUAAAGAAGAAGUGUUAAUCACUUUACAUAUUGUAGCUGAUUUGUCUUAUGCCUGGGAGCUCAUCGAUAGUUACACACCCUAUAUGCAACAAGGUGUUAAAAAAGACCCUUCAUUGGUGAUUAAACUCAGAGCAACAUUUUUGAAGCUUGCCUCAGCUCUAGACCUUCCUUUGCUGCGUAUUAAUCAAGCCUGCAGUCCUGAUCUCAUGUCUGUAUCUCAGUAUUAUUCUGGAGAACUAGUGGCUUAUGUACAGAAAGUGUUACACAUCAUCCCAGAAACCAUGUUUGGCCUUCUAGCUCGGAUCAUUCAACUACAGACCAGUCAGAUCAAAGAAGUCCCAACUCGUUUGAUGAAAGAUCAAUUAAAGACAUAUGCACAGUUAGAAGAACGUUUUGAGUCUAGUGAUCUCGUUCCUAAAUUGGAAGGACUAGGCCAAGUUAUGGAUGGAUUUCGUCGUUCAUUUGAGUACAUUCAGGACUAUGUCAGUAUCUAUGGUUUAAAGAUAUGGCAAGAAGAGGUUUCCAGAAUUAUCAACUACAAUGUAGAACUGGAAUGUAAUGCUUUUUUGAGACACAAGGUUCAAGAUUGGCAGAGUGUUUACCAGUCCAAAAAUAUUCCCAUACCUAAAUUCCCUGCUUUGGAUAAUUCAUCUGUUAACUUCAUUGGUAGACUUGCAAGGGAAUUGUUAAGAAUAACAGAUCCAAAAACUACAGUGUACAUUGAUCAGAUGAGUGGUUGGUAUGACUCCAGAACCCACAGUGAAAUCAUCAACAUGAGAAUAUUUUCUCUCAUACAGAGGAGUGUUGGAACUCCAGGACUGACAGGACUUGACAGACUUUUAUCUUUUAUGAUUGUCACUGAACUUCAAACUAUAGUUGCUACUAUAGAGAGGUCAGUAUUAAAGGACAAGACAUGGAUGGACACUCUUAAUGCUCUUCACAGCUACAUCAAAGGAGGUCACUGUCUCAUUGGUCAGCCUGCAAGAGUGUAUAGUCAGGCCAUAACAAAAGCUACAAAAUCACUUACUCUGUUUUUAGAAAGUAUUCAGAAGGUUGGACAGAUGCAGUUGUUGAGAAGGCAAAUUAAGUUUGAACUAAACACAACUUGUAAGUUUGACUCCAAACACUUGGCAAGUGCUCUUCAGACAAUGAAUCAGGCUUUGUUAGCUGGUAUAGAAGCACACUAUAAAGAUCCCAGUAAACCAUAUCCUAAAGAAGAGAACCCUUUGCUCUAUGAACUGUCUUGUUAUUUAGACUGGGCUGGCAUAUCAAAUCCUCUGGCCAAAAUUUACAUCACAACCAAACCACUACAACAUCUUGCUCUUUUUAUGUUUCUGUUCACAGUAUCUCUACUCCCUAAACUAACUUACAUCAAAAGCCUUGGAGGACUGGUGAGUAGAAAAGGAGUAGAACCUGUUGAUGGAUUCCCUUUUGUUAUUGGAACACUUACUUUCCUUCGUCAAUUUCAUCAAGAUAACACUGGAAAGUACUUGACCUACAUCGGUCAAUGGGUCAAAUCAGUUGUGGAGUCUAAUACAGGAUCAGGUCGUAGUGAUGUUCCUGUGGAUAUUGUCAGUUGCUUAGCAUUUUUAGAGGAACUUAGAGAGUUUGGAGAGAUUCCCCUCAAGACUAUCACAAACUAUGUUCCACACUACCUGGUAGAAGAAUUCCGUAGAUUGUGAAGCAUAGUCUGCAUUGUCAGAGGUUUGAUCUUAUAGGUGCAUCAUAAUAGACAAUAAUAUAAAACUUGUUGAUGUAUAUACUACUUAAUAGAAUCAUGUAAAUGAACAAAAUGACUAAGGUAUCUUUAACAAAUAACUUCAGACUGAAACAACAACUCUUUAAGCAAGAAGAUAAUAAAGUGAUUACCUUUCUUCA